AAUGGAUGACAGAAGAUGGAUAACGUCGUAUGAUUUCUUUCAAAAAUUAUUUUUGUUUUGUUUUUAAAAAACUAAAAUCAAUAUGGAAAAAAAGACAAAAAUUCGACAAUUGAAAAAAAUUGCCGAUUGUACAAUGAUGUCCGAAAUAAUUAAUUUGAAUGUUGGUGGGAAAAAAUUUACAACAAGUAAAAAUACACUGUGUUCAAUAUCGGAUACAUUUUUUACGGCAAUGUUAAUGGGUGGAAUACCAACAAAUACAGAUGAUUCGGGUGCUAUAUUUAUUGAUCGUGAUCCAAAAUUAUUUUCAAUCAUUCUCAAUUAUUUACGUACAAAUAAAUUACAUAAUGUAAAUGAUUCGAAUAUUGAUAGUUUGAUUGAUGAGGCAAAAUUUUUCUGCAUUGCACCAUUGAUAAAACGGCUAGAAUUGCGUGAAAAUCAAUCAACUUGUGGUGGAAAUAUUUUUUUUGAGUCCCUACUCAAAUCAAAUCAAUCAUCAUCACCGGUCAAACAAAUGAUAUCGUUUGAUCGUGGUUUAGCCGUUGUAUUUGAUCAUUUAAUAAAAUUUUAUUUUUUCUCCGAUACAAAUGGUUGGAAAUGUGAUUUCGAUUUCGAAUAUCCAAACAAAACAAUUAAACUGACCGAUCUAGUAUUGGAAUCAUCAACAAAUCAACAUUUUUUAAUUGCAAUUUAUACCGAUGAUGUUACAUUAUGGAGAAAUUAUUAUGAAAAUAAUCAACAAAAUAUGGAUGAUAUUUAUUAUAAUCGUCAACCAAGAAUAAUUGAUAAGACAAAAUUUACAAAAAUUGGUCAUUAUGAUUGGAAAAAUUUUUCCAUUGAUUCAAUGUUUUUCAUGCGUUCACAGCUUGUUACAUUAUGUAAAGAAAAAGGUCGCAUUCUAAUUUGGAACAAUUCCCGAAUGUUUCAUCAAAAUUUAAACGAUGAUGAUAAUAAUGGUGAAUCAUCAUCAUCAACAACAACAAAUUCUGUUUGUAUGAUAACUGCAUUCAAUAGUUAUAUGAUGGAUUAUCUUUUUCUUUCAUCAAAUCAUGGCGUAAUUUAUUUGAUUGAUAUGCAAAAACUGCCAUAUCGUUUAAGGGAUGGUGAAUUAUUGAUGAAUAAAAUCUAUAAAGAUCCGGAUGGUGAAGAAAUCACUACCAUAUCAUGUUUUUGUUCAUAUUGUGGUCGUUUUAAUAAACGUCAUGAUAUAACAAAUUCAUUGAAUGAUGAAUGUUCAAGACAUCCAUUAGAAAUUGCAUAUGGUACGAAAAAUGGUACUGUUUGUAUCCUUGUACAAGAUACUCGAAAUCAAGACCCGGAUCUAUUUCGUACAAUACGUGUACAUUUAAGUCCUAUUUGGAAAAUAAUAUUAUGCCAAGAUUAUCUGCUAACAAUGUGUACAAAAUUGCAUGCUCGUACAUGGUCGCUGAUCAGAUUUCGUGGUACGAUUUCAACACAACCAGGUUUAAAACCAAAAUCCAAUUUCUCGAUACGUUAUUCAAAUAAAGAACAAUUAGAUAAUAUUCAUGAUAUUGGUCCAUAUGGACAUCAAGAAGGAUUGAAACAAGUAUUAGUUGAACUACCUUAUGUCGGUUGUAAUUAUAUAAAUAUAAUCUGUGCAUCGAAUGGUCGGAAAAUUACAACAUUAGAAUCAGUGGAUGGAAGAAAAAUUACUGCCGUAUGUGGUUUAUCUAUUGAUAUUCGUGACCGGGUAUUUAUAUUUACCGGACAUGAUAAUGGUAUGGUACAAAUAUGGGAUCUAAAACCAGCUAUGAAACGUAAAACACAUCAAAAAGAUAAGAUUGAAAAAAAUAAUCGAUCACCAUCACCAUCAUCAACAAUGGAAGAAGAUUCAGAUGAUAAUGAUGAUGACGAUGACGACGAUGAGGAUAAUGUUCGCUAUAGAAUCUAUUAGGAUUUGAAUUUGAAUUAAUAAAAUUUGUUUAUUUAUUUAAUAAUAAUAUA